AUGUUGAAGCAGAUUCAGUUGAACAUUACACUGAUAGAUGUCUUGCGAGAGAUGCCAGGAUAUGCAAAAAUUAUGAAGAACUUGAUAUCUCACAAGUUCAACUUUCAUAACUUGGUGACUGUGACAUUGACUCAGACCUGUGGUGCUAUUGUAACAAGACAUGUAGCUAAGAAGUUAUCAGACCCAGGUAGUUUCACAAUUCCUUACACUAUAGGUAGCUAUACAUUCGCUAAAGCAUUGUGUGAUUUGGGGGCGAGCAUAAACUUGACGCCCUUGUCUAUCGAUAAAAAGUUAGGCCUUGGAAGAGACAGACUCACAUAUAUGUUAUUACAGCUAGCCGAUCGAAUGGUUGAUGAGGAGAUUCCAAUAAUUUUUGGAAGGAAGUUCUUGUCCACAGAGAGAGCUCUGAUUGAUUGUGAAACUGGGAGUUAA